AUGCCGUACGCAGAAGCAUUAUCCACAAGAUUUGACUGGGAGCAACUGAACCAGCCGGCCUUGUACAUAGUUGCAAUAUCAUCUCUAAUAACAUAUGCUGUCCUUGUAUCGUCCUGGAAUCGUCUUUUCGGACGUUCAGAGUCAAAGGAGUCAGCGGAGGUUAUGGGAGAACAGUGCAAUGCACGUGUCUCUUUCAAUCAAGAACAAGUGGUCUCUGGUUGCAAUGCAGCCACGAGCAGCAAUGUAAAUCUACGGUCCACGUCAACGACAUUUACAGAUGACCGACAAAGGGCGGAAGCUUACUGUGAAAUACUCGUAAAAGAGCUCGGCAAAACCUACGUGGAACAUCAAUCGUUCGAAAAACGUAUCAAAGAAUUAGAGAAAGAAAACGAAUUGCUUUCACAAAGAGUAAGACAGAUAUCUGAUGAGAACGAAAUCCUCAUUGAAGCUAAAAAACAAGCCGAUGUUCGGCAUCAACAAUUAGAAGCCAGUUUGGCAGAUAUCUCGCGAGAGAAGGAACAAUUGACGAAGAAGCUCUAUUAUUCCUUUGGACAAUCACGCAAACAAACUCCGCAGAAGUAUCCUCGAUGUGUUUCUAGCCCUGACUUUGAAAUCAACAAGGAAAAUAUUGAGGAACCAGACAUAGGACAGUACCUCCCUCAUCAAGACGUGGACGAUGUUCAUGAUUAUUUUAUUACAAGAAAGGCGUCACAAGUUGUUUUUGAUGAAAUUGGUGCUGUCGUGACAAAUGAUUCAGAGGUAUUUUCUCUCGAAUAA